AUGACCACCGACCUUUCUAGUGGCCGUCCGGUGAAAUUGAGACUCUCUGUCGCCACCUCCAACAGCCCCGGGUCAACUCUUCGCAACAAAGUGCAGAUAGUUGUCAGUCUACUGAGCUUGCGCGACACAACGAAGAAGAGAUUCGAAGCGAGAAGAGCCCUCGAAGGACCCGCCAACAAAGCCCAUGACGACGGGGACAAAGACAAGGACGAGGAUAGCAAGCCAGAUACCAAACUUGUCCCCCUCCACUCCUCUGUUGCAUCCUCGUCCAUUGACAUGUCUCUCUACGACGACCAGGUCAUUGUCCCAUCGGAUCUACCAGAAAUGGAAUUCACUUUCGAUUUGGACACCCAGGCCUCGUUCGAUAGGAUCUCGCAACUGACCGGCGGCUUGGUACCUGAUCUUUCUGCUUCGGAUGAUACUUAUGAUCCGGAGGUCUUGGAAAAGGCUCGUCUCCUGUAUUACUUCGCUCGAUAUGUCGUGUUCAUGAUCACGGUACUCGGUCGAGCUGCCGAUCAUGAAAUUCGUCCUCAAUUGAGGGAUUGA